AUGGCCGCCCCUCCUCCACAUACCCCUGGCUCAUCUCGAUUUUUUCGAUUGCUCGAGGAUGAUGAUAUUCCUGUCAUUGACGCCAAAGAAUCUCUCACUGAUGUCGUCUUCAAGCUCACCGCCUACAUAAGCAAAGCAGUCGACACCGCUUAUACCUAUGAACAGCUUCGGACUUCUGUGGCUGGACAGACUUUAAGACCCUUGAUAUCCCGGCUCAGUGACGACUGCCACCAUCCUGCCAUCGUUGCAGCUCUCCUGGCUGCUCGCUAUCUCUUCGCCAAUGCAGACGCAGAUGGUGACAGCGCAUUGAAUACGUCCAGAGCUCUGGCAUGUGAACUUGUCGCCUGGCAAUUCUUGACCUUCCUAUCUGAGAAGGAGCUCAUCGACUACCUUCUGCACGAGCUUCCAGAAUAUGAGCAAGAGCCAUCUGCUUCACCUGGGGAUUCUCUCCGGCCGGCAGACGAUGUCUCUCGUCGCCGGCCUUCCUCAACCGAGCGCUCUCCAUUGAUUCGUGCUCACUCUGCAGAGUAUGGCAGUCUUCGCCCACCCAAACGUGCCAGCCUAGACCGAGGAGCUCUUUCAAGCGCAAGCAUUGUUAAUAGCAACGGUUCUCAACCAAAUCUCGACGAGUCAAUGGCUGGGAUGAAUGCUCUUGAAAUCGCUGCUAUUGGAGAUGCAAAGAAAUUCCUUUCUCAGACUCAGGUCCAGAAAAUCGUCGAGGACAUCUGGAACGGCGACGUCAUCUUCUGGGAAUCCCUUUCCGUCAAUGCUGUGAAGAAAGCUCGUGCCUACAACAAACGGGUGUCUGACCCCUUCACACGUCUGCGUGUGCCUAAAUACCAGAAGGCCUUCCAAACCGCAUUCUUCAUAUCUCUGUUGGUUCUCUACUACGCGGUCCUCGUCGAGAGAAAUCCACAGCACAUCACAACCACCGAAAUCCUUCUGUAUGUCUGGAUUGCGGCUUUUGCUUAUGACGAAUUUGGUGAAAUCCAAGAUGCUGGAUUGAUGUUCUAUCAAACUGAUUUUUGGAGCCUUUGGGACAUUGGCAUUAUUGCAACAUCAGCAGCUUUCGUUGUCAUGCGCAUCAUCGGACUCAUCAAAGACAGCGAUUAUCUCAUUGACGUCGCCUUUGAUCUUUUAUCAAUGGUCGCCCUGUUUCUAGUCCCAAGAAUAUUUUCAGUCAUGAGUCUGAAUCCAUAUUUUGGCAGCCUGAUCCCCGUUCUCAAAGAGAUGACCAAAGCAUUCUGCAAAUUCCUGCCCGUGAUUGUGGUCCUGUAUCUGGGAUUCCUGACAACUUUCACAAUGCUUGCUCGAGAUCGAAUGACCCUCAACGACGUGUCUUGGCUCCUGAUCAAGGUUUUCUUUGGAUCGAGCUAUCUUGGCUUUGACAUGGCCGUAAAGAUAUCUCCACUAUUUGGAUAUACUCUGAUGUUGAUUUUUGUCUGCUUGACCAACAUUCUUCUCAUCACCUCAUUGGUGUCACUGGUGUCAAAUUCCCUAACAGAGGUCAUGGCACACGCACGAGAGGAAUAUCUUUUCCAGUAUUCCAUCUACGUACUGGAAAGCAGCACGUCGCGAAGGCUAACGUACUUUAUGCCACCGUUGAAUCUGUUCCCGCUGACAUUGCUGCGGCCGCUACGGUUGUUCUUCCCAUCGGAGCAGGUUAGGGGGAUUCGGAUCUUUGUGCUCAAAGCGACUCACCUUCCAUUCGUAAUUGUGAUAUGGGCCUACGAGAGGUCUCGCCGGCUUGUGACUCGAUCGAAUCCGACGUUGACCAAAGCCCCCCACUUUUCGAGUCGACCUGUGAGCACCAACCAGGUCGGCUUCGAAGGUGGUCAAGAUCUGUUCAAGGCUAUGUCAUCGCGACGGACCCAUCACCUCGAUCCCUCUCCCACACGAGCCCCUGAUGCAGCCGCCUCAACAGCCCAUUCUGGUCCGGGAAGUGCCGACAAUGCUCAAAUGCUGGCUCUCAUUCAGAAGUUGAGUGCCCAGGUUGACUCGUUGACUGCAAUGGUUGCUGGUCAGCACAAGGAUUGAUGAGAAUCCUCGAGAAGUCACAACCAUGUCCAGCCAUGUUGGAUGCGAGAACAACUGCCACCCCACCACCCACUUGUCCAUCCACAUACCCACCUACGCACCUCUCUCGCAUGCACCCUUAGCUCCGUUCGCGACAGGUCGAGUCAUACACCUGCCCGCCUGCUAGCGGAUUACGGUCACGGGCACAUCCUUGGUGACCAAGACCUGCCAUUGGCAUACCCAUCUCUUGCCUCGCAGGGAUGAAGGGAAGAUUUUCCAUAUUGGAGCAGGGUUCCCUUUCGACCUCAGAGAAUAUUGACGUUCGGUUGGGCCAUGUUCCGUUGAUCCUCGCAUUUAUCCUCCAGGUAAAGCACAUCAUGUUAUCCUGGCACACCCUCUUAGUGGCUCAGACUCGGUCCCUUGUUUUCCACGGCACUCAUUCAACCAUUUUAGCUGCCUACGCUACUGCACAGAGACAACGGUUCUCCACUGAAAUGGAGGUUAUCUUUGGGCCUUGGGGGCCGCUGAGCAAAAGUCGAUGCAUUCAAAGUCGUAAUAUUUCAACAGACUACUCCAACCAUGGUUUAAUUCCGCUGAUAUGGACGGACUGGCCAAGCAGACUGAGAGUUAUUGUGGC